ACCUGAGCGAUUAGACUAAUACAAAAUCAAGGAAGCUUUUAAUCAGUUUUAACCCUUUUGAAUGACGCAAACAACCCAUCAUCGGUCCUCCAAAAUCCCAAUUUCCAAACCAAUCAAUCUUCUGUUUUCGCAGUGCCCUAAGCCCAUUUCAGCCCUACCCAUCAUGCCCUUUCAGUUCCCUCCAAUUCAUUUCUAAGUCAAACCGAGUUAACUCGCUCUCUCCUCCACUUUUCCAGGUCCUACCCAAACCCUAACAGAAACUCCCGUUCAAUUUCUCCGGAGCAGAACACACUGCCCCAUACCCCAAACUCAACUUGUGUGGAGAGGAUUCCAAAGGUCAGUGACCCCCUUUUUUCCCAUUUCUUUAGUAAUUUCAUGCACAAAUUCUUGGGUUCUUUUUUAUUUACUGUAUAACAUAAUAUGCGACACAUUAUAUACAAAAUAUAUUGAAUCUGUUGUAUCCAAAGUCAGCGACUACCAAUUUGAACUUUCAAUUUAUGUUGUCUUUUAUAGCUAUGAAUCUUCGAUCUGAGUUAAAAGAGGGAUGGGUUUGGAGUUAAGUUCCUAAGCUUAAAGUGCUUGAAAUUGUGGUUUUUGUAUUAUUUUAAUAUUAAUAUGAAAUGGGUUUAGUGAUAUUUUGGUGAAUUAUUGGUGGGUUUUAAAUGGAGUUGAUGAAUGAGACAGGCCCAUUUGGUAAUAUUUUGCUUGCUUCUGAGAUGGUAUAUUAGUUUUAAAAAAUGAAAUUUAUGAUUUUGAUUGAUAAAUGAGAAGUGCCAGUGUUUUAUGAGAGAGUGCUUAAAGUAGAAUAGCAUGUUAUGUUUGUGAUGGUGUUUUGAAGCUCAAUUUGAGUUGGAAAGUUGGUUUUUAGUGCGUAAUAAGAGAUGGACACCCCGGAACAGGACGGUUUGCCUAGAAAGAGGUCAAUGAGGAAGAAGGCGGGUUCACGGAAUUAUGAUGAGAAUUUGAUGGAUGAACUGAUAGAGAAGCAUUUAGGCGGUGCUUUUAAGAAAAAGAAACAAACAAAGGAGGAUUUGGAGAAAGAGACUGAAACUGAGGCGAUGAUAGCGAUUUCUCUGGGGUUCCCAAUUGAUGCAUUGCUUGAGGAGGAGAUUCAUGCUGGGGUGGUAAGGCAGUUGGGUGGUAAAGAGCAGAAUGAUUAUAUUGUUGUCAGGAACCAUAUUCUUGCUAGAUGGAGGAGUAAUGUGCAGGUGUGGCUAUCAAAAGGGCAGAUUAAAGAAACUGUGAGUAAUGAAUAUGAGCAUUUGAUAGCCGCUGCGUAUGAAUUUCUUUUGUAUAAUGGAUAUAUUAAUUUUGGAGUUUUAUUACCACUGACAUCUCCCAUGCCAGAAUUGACAAAUGAAGGGUCUGUGAUAAUUGUUGGUGCCGGACUUGCUGGUUUAUCUGCAGCAAAGCAGCUCAUGUCCUUUGGUUUCAAGGUCAUUGUUCUAGAAGGUAGGAAUCGUCCCGGGGGAAGAGUUUAUACUCAAAAGAUGGGUAGGAAGGGUCAAUUUGCUGCUGUAGAUCUUGGUGGCAGUGUUAUAACUGGUAUCCAUGCCAAUCCUCUUGGAGUUCUGGCUAGACAACUUUCUAUUCCACUUCAUAAGGUCAGAGAUAACUGCCCUUUGUACAAGCCAGAUGGUGCACCCGUUGAUAAGGGUAUUGACACCAAUAUCGAACUCAUUCAUAAUAAGAUGCUUGACAAAGUGAUGGAACUAAGAAAAAUAAUGGGUGGAUUUGCAAAUGAUAUUUCGCUUGGUUCUGUUUUGGAGAGACUCAGGCAACUGUAUGGUGUGGCCAGAUCCACUGAGGAGAGGCAAUUGCUCGAUUGGCAUCUCGCUAACUUGGAAUAUGCAAAUGCUGGAUGCCUUUCAGAUCUAUCAGCCACAUAUUGGGAUCAAGAUGAUCCGUAUGAAAUGGGUGGGGAUCACUGCUUUCUUGCAGGAGGGAAUUGGAGAUUGAUAAAAGCAUUAUGUGAAGGGGUUCCCAUAUUCUAUGGGAAGACUGUGGAUACUAUUAGAUAUGGACACGAUGGGGUUGCAGUAAUUGUUGGUGAACAAGUGUUUGAAGCGGAUAUGGUCCUAUGCACCGUUCCUCUUGGAGUCUUGAAGAAAAGAACCAUCAGAUUUGAACCAGAAUUACCUGGAAGGAAGCUUGCAGCAAUUGAGAGAAUGGGUUUUGGGCUGCUCAAUAAAGUGGCCAUGGUUUUCCCUCAUGUUUUUUGGGGGGAGGACCUGGAUACAUUUGGAUGUCUCAGUGAGCAUAGCAAUAAGCGUGGGGAGUUCUUUUUGUUCUAUGGUAACCAUACUGUUUCCGGAGGUGCAGCGCUCAUUGCAUUGGUGGCUGGAGAAGCUGCACAAAUGUUUGAAAAUUCAGAUCCAUCUAUGUUGCUUCAUCGUGUCCUAAGCGUCCUCAGAGGUAUAUACAAUCCAAAAGGCAUCAAUGUUCCUGAUCCCAUACAAACAAUAUGUACAAGAUGGGGUGGUGAUCCCUUCAGUUAUGGUUCUUAUUCCCAUGUCAGGGUACAAUCAUCAGGCAAUGACUAUGAUAUACUUGCAGAAAAUGUGGGGGGACGCCUUUUUUUUGCUGGUGAGGCCACAACUAGGCAAUAUCCAGCCACCAUGCAUGGUGCCUUCUUGAGUGGCUUAAGGGAAGCUUCUCGCAUUUUAAGUGCCAAUAGAAGUCAACAAAACAAUCCAAGGAAGUCUUUGCCGAAGAAUCUUGGGAUAAGUAAUGAUACCUUGAUUGGUCUAUUCAAGUGGCCUGAUCUCACAUUUGGAAACUUCUCAUUUAUAUCUAAUCCUUUGACAGAAGACCCAAAUUCAAUGGGGAUUAUGAGGGUUACUUUUGACAGUCGUGGAGAUGAUUUGAAGGAGGAAUUAGAGAAUAGCUUCCAGCGUCCCCUGAACUUACCUUUACAACUUUACACGGUGUUAUCUCGUGAACAGGCACAGAGUCUUCAACUGGUUACUGGAGGGGAUGACUGUAAGUUGUCACAUUUGAGUAGAAAUCAUGGUUUGAAGCUAAUGGGACCUAGUGCUCUAGUAAAUUUUGGUAGUUCCUUAAUUUCUACUAUUGCCAACUCACGAAAAGGAAGGGGUAGGAACCGUGUAACUGCUGGAAAAAUAUAGUACUGUUCGGAGAUGGUAUAAUAUGAUUGUUCGAUACUCGGGCUCCUUUUGAUUCAGCAUGGAGUCUUUUGAUGCAUAUGCUUCCUAUGUGAAAUGGCAUAUGUGAAUUUGAUGAACCUUUUAGUCCUCAGAUCUGUAUAUAAUCUUGAUGAAUGGGCUAGUUUCCCCCUCCAAGAGUAGACAGUUAUCUGGAGUUUGUGAAGCACCAUUUGUUUGUUGACUACUGAGCUGACCGAUUUGGCAUUAGUGCAUGUAACUGCUAAUAUGUUUAGUGCAGGUAAAACUAAAUCUACGUGCUACUCAUCUUACUUGAGGAUGAAAUGUUGUGGAAAUUCAUGUACUCUUUUUCUUGGCCCAUUUGGCUCUGCCAAUUCAUCUUGUAUUUGUACUCUAGAUUUGCCUGAAACAUUUCUUUUAGAGUUAUGAUACA